AUGGGAGAUGAUACAGCAUUCUGGCCAUGUGUGGAGUUCACUAGCUUCUGUGUAGGAGAAAGUUGGGACUUAUGGUUGAUAAAACUUGCCACAUUGCUGUGCCCUUUGUCUGACGGCCUCCAGUAUGACAUUCACUACUUUAAUGAUACAGACAUAACUGUGUUGGAGUAUGCUCUUUGUCUAUAUGACGAUCUGUUCGCAGAGGAAAACCUACCCUGUAUGGAUCUCACUGGAGUAGAGGAUAUGAGAGCUCUUCUAAAAGUCCAGGCCGUAGUUGUGUGCUGCAGAAACAAGGACUUUCAGAGAGCUAGGAGGGUCGCAUCAAGGCUCUACGGUGUCGAAGAACCUAUUCCACCAGAUAUUCAGAGGAUGCUAGAGAAAGGAGAAGAUGAGUGCAUUGUGUUAGAGAAAUACCCAUAUAAGUGCUUGAUCGACGGAAUGGUAGCGUUGCUGCGCCCCAUAUAUGAUGCUCUACCACGGCCAUUCGUCCUGAGAGCAGCCGAGUCAUGCCUGGCAGCUGGUCAGAAUGUGGCGAGAUCAUUUCCCAACAAAUGGCAGUCGUCUAUAAACCGAUGUACAGAACCACACGAGGCCAUGGUGCCAGGGGACAUUUUUUAUGACCUAGGCACUUCAGUGCACUCUGUUCAGAUGUGCAGAUCAGAGAAGCCACUGCAAGGAAUUUCAAAGUUCCUCUAUCAGGACGAAAAGGCCAUAAACCUAAACAUCUAGAUGCGG